UCAUAUAUAUAUUAUAUAUAUACAUAUCUGUUCUCAAAAUAUUAGAAUAUCGUAUUCUGUUGUGCACUUUCAGCAAAAUCAAAGAUGAAUCAAUUGGUUUUUGUCGUAUUUGCAGCUUUUCUUAUGAAAGGUUGUUAUGCAACAAACAGUGAAACACCCGUGAAAAGAACAGAAGUUGAAGCUGACUUGGAUUAUGAAAUAAACAAGAGACAAUCCGACAAUAAAACCUUAAAUGGAUUAAAAAAGAUGUAUGUCGAGAGUGAUUCGCCAGAAGUCCUUCCAGGGGUGAGGAAACAAAAAAGAUACAGUUCUGUCCAUAUACUAGGUCAAACAAUGAGUAGCUCAGUGAAAAAUACUGUGUUCACGUUUGCAAGAGAGGCUAUACUUUAUGUUCGCAAGCCUAGGGAAAUGGCGAUUCAUAUCAAGAAAAGGCUAGACAAAUAUAUGGUUGGAAAAUACAACUGUGUUUUGAGCAGCUCAUAUUUUUUGUUCAGUAUAUCCAAUAAAAGAGGUUAUUACAUCUAUUUCAAGAUGAAUGGAUAUUACAUUCUAGUGUUUAGAGGCGGUUACAUGUAAGGAAAAAGAGCAGUGACAAUAGACAUAUGAUAGAGUUUAUAAUACUGUCAAGAAGUCUUUUGCUUUAUCAAAUAAAUGUUCAAUUUUACUAUA